GAUCUGUAGCGGCGUGGCGUUUUGACUAACUCUUCCCCAGUUCUAGUUGGCGAUCAUGAUGACAACCGUACGAAAAUGGCAGCGCAGUUCACCUCAUCGGCGACUGUUGAUGAAGAUCAUACUCAAUGUGGACGGCGCCAAAAGAUGCUAUCCAGGCUGGCUUUACCAGAGCAGUGGAGAGGCUUAGAAGCAGCUGCGCGGAGUAGAAGUGUAUAAAAACACUUCACCGUGUGUUCCACAUCAGUUCUUCAGUCAGAGCCAUCACUUACUCCUUUCCCCCUUCUUUCCUCAUACACACAAUCUUGUGUUUCUAACAUCAUGAGGUUCACUCAAUCAGUCACUCUGGCGUUGCCAGCCCUCGUUGCCGCCUACCCCGGCAUGAUGGGCGCGAACUCCCGCUCAGAGAUGGAAGAGCACCUCCGCGGGGAGAUUCAGCGUGAACAACUUGCGAACCGCGCCGCUGAACCCCAACUGCUCAACCCAGUCGGAAACCUACUGGGCUCGCUUGGCGGCGUUGUUGAUGGGCUCCUGUCCUCAGUCGGACAGGCCAUCGUCAAGAAGGACAACAAGCGUCCUGAGCCUGGCUACGAGUUCAAGGCACCUGGCCCCAACGACUCUCGUGGUCCUUGCCCAGGGCUGAACUUGCUUGCCAACUAUGGGUACCUCCCCCGUGAUGGCCACGUCACCUACGGACAGGUCUUGGAGGCUACUGGCCGUGGCUUCAACAUGGGUACAGAACUUGCCGUAGUUCUCGCCACAUUUGCUGUUUUGGGCAGUGGAGAUUUGGAUAACCUGUCCUUCUAUCUCGGCUCAGGCAAGAACGGGAUUGGUGGUCUCAACAGGCACUCUGUUGUCGAGGCUGAUGUUUCACCCAACCGCGAAGACUACUACCUUGGAUGCGGUGACAACCAUCAUCUCUCUUCUCGUCUGGUGAAACAGAUGGUCGGAUAUGCUGCUCAAGAUCCCAAGAAGGAGUUCUCCAUGGAUGUCAUGGCCAAGCACUACGCCAAAUCUGCUGGCUUUACCAAGGACAAUAACCCCUUCCUCUACUACUUCCCCUUCCCCCAGAUCGUCUCGGUAGCCGCCUUCUCCUUCUACCCCCAGUUCUUCUCCAACGGUACCUACGGUGCGGGUGGCGUCCCCAACUACAAGAGCAUCAUGAGCAUCAUCGGUGCUGAGUACGACGAGAAGACCCAGGAGUUCAAGUACGUUCCCGAGCGCUGGCCCGAAAACUGGUACCGCCGUGACACCCCCUACGGCGCGGUCCAGGCCCUCUCCGACGGCUUCCUCCAGAUCUACCCCCGCAACAUAAUCGUUCCCGCCGCCGCUCAGGUCGGUACCGGCAAGUUGACAGUUCAGACCCUGCUCUGCGACAUCUACCAGGGCCUCAACUCCAUCACACCUCUCGCUCUUGGCGGUACCGAGGAGAACGUCGCCAAGGGUGUCUCGUGGGCUCUUUCCGUCCUCGACCCCAUUCUCAGCAAGACCGCGCUCGGAUGCCCCGACAGCGUCGUUUCACCCAACUUCCUCUUCCCCAACGCUCAGCAGGAAGGUGGCCCUGUCAACCCCCCGAAGGUCCCGUCCGAUGCUUGGACUGGCGACAACGUCUACAACAAGGUGUACUUCGGUGGAAAUUCUGCUCCCACCAACCCUACAUGCAGCCACUCUAGCUAGGCAGCCUCUGGUUGGAACGAGAAAACCUUGUAACAAUUAGCGAUAUCCAACUUUUUCGAUGCCUGUCACUCAUGGAGCAACCUAGACAAUAAUGAAAAUGACC